AUGACCCAAGAUAUUGCGAUGUCAUCCGACGAAGACUGGUCCGACUCCGAUUCGGAGGCUGAAAACGAGCAGCGAGGAGAGGUACCCACGUCCGUGCUGUUGGGUGUGCCCGACGGACCCCUCAAUUCCGCAUACGACGACGCAGACCCCACAGUGUCUCGCGCCGGUGGGCAUCCUCCUUUUUUGGGUUUAAGCCACUACCCUUCCCCAGAAGUAACCCUGUGCAAACAAUGCAACAACCCCAUGAACAUGCUUGUCAGCGUAUUCUGUCCGUUCGAGGGGUCGUCCAAUGACCGGGUGCUAUACGUGUGGGCUUGUUCCCGGGCAGGAUGUCAAAGAAAGAGCGGCAGCGUGCGUGCAUAUCGAUCAUUACGCUACAAUUCAAAAUAUGCUCGCCAACUGGAACGACAGCAAGCACGACAGGCCUCAUCCGGCACUACUGUCGAUAAACCCAAACCUAAUGCGAUAGCGAAUCCCUUUUCCAGCCCCACCACAGUUUCCGAGCACGUGUCUGGCACCGGUGGAUUGGGGGACAUCUUGUUUGGCACAGCUGCUUCUCCAGAAGACUCCUCCACUCGCGAUAGUCAACCAGAAUCUGAAGCCUGGACGGAUGAUGUCAAUGAAGAUGACGAUGAUGAUGAUGAAGAAAAGAGUGAGGACAACCAAUCCUCGGUUACGGGCGCUACGGCACCACCCGCCUGUGCCGAAGGCCAGCCAGAUCCCGCUUGGUUAUCCCAGCCUGCGUAUCGCGCCUUUUAUAUCUCAACUGUGGAUGAAUAUAUAGCCCCCAAGCCCAGUAUCUCAGUUUCUAAACAAGCUUUCAGUGAGGCGCGGCCAACGGAUGGUGCUGGAGGUGCAACAUGGGGCAAAGAACUUUAUGAAGUCAUGCAGAAGGUCGACAAUACAUUCGAAAGCUUUGUCGCCCGGGUUCAGGAAGAGGCUGAACAAGUCCUUAGAUAUGAGUUGUCGGGCACGCCGCUGUCGUUCUCGUCUCGCGAUGCAGUUUAUCGACAAUUAUUCCCAAUUCAGGCGAUUUCUCCUGGCACAGCUUUUGCAGUCAAUGCUCCUCUAGCGCCAACCAAGCACGCGUACGAGCCUUCUGCAAUAGAACCUUGUCCACGAUGCGGCGGUCCGAGGGUCUUCGAAUGUCAAGUUAUGCCGAAUCUCAUAAAUCUGUUGCGACCAGCCGAAUCCUCCAGCAGCAAGAAGAGACCGACCCUGGAAGAACGACAAGCCGAGCUCGACGCGCUGUUAAAGGGCGGCUCCGAUGGCAUGGAAUGGGGUACCAUCAUGAUCUUCAGCUGUCUGGCCGAUUGCUGUCAGAACGUGGAUCGUACGCCGUCUAGCGAGUUAUGGGCUGAGGAGCUUGUCCUUGUGCAGUGGGAUGCAUGAGCGAUUUCUUACCACCAACUUCUACUUCUCUGUCUUGUAACUUAUUGCAAUGGAGAGCUCUUUCUUCAUUCAGCUCGAUCAGACUACCUGCAACAUCUGUGACGCGCCACCUCUUCACCGAAUAUUGCCUGGCCACCAUCGCCCGUCAACAAUAGAAAUGGCGUGUUUUAUUGUUGUUGAUGCACUGCCCAGUUCGGUGCGUCUGUGGGCAAGUAACUUUCGAAAGGAUCCGCUCGAGUUUGCUCCCCCACCUUCACCCGGUGAGACAGUGAUU